CAACGCGCACUUUGCUCCCUUUCGACCCUUCCACUAACCAUCGACAACAGCCAACAUGCCGAAGGACGUCAAGCAGAAGUCUGGCAUUAUUGCCGGCAUCAACGCUGGCCACAAGGUCACUCCCAGGACUCCUGCCGCCAGGAUCUCCAGGAGGAAGGGUUUCCUGUCCAAGCGCACCGCGUUCGUCAGGGAGAUCGCCCGUGAGGUCGCUGGUCUUGCCCCCUACGAGAAGCGCGUCAUCGAACUCCUCCGCAACUCCAAGGACAAGCGUGCCCGUCGUCUCGCGAAGAAGAGGCUCGGUACCUUCGGCCGUGCGAAGAGAAAGGUCGACGAGAUGUCCAAGGUCAUCGCCGAGUCGAGGCGUGCGGGUCACUAAACGGGUUCAUGAUUUUCAGAUGAAGCAAAGUAUGGGCACCACUUUUCCGGUUCUUUCUGGGUGUUAGGUCUUACCAAUCAUCCUGGCGGAUCGACUACGCCUUCGGCACGAGGGUUAAGGUCACAACACACCAAGAGGAUGACACAUGAUCGGAGUAUGGCGACAGCGACGGACAAACAAGCAUGGUUCGCGUACCUAGCAGUGUCACAAAAUCAUGAAAUGUGACGACGGUUCACGCCACGUCUUGUGCAUAGUGUAUGGGUUGUGGUGAGCUAACAGCGAGCGAACAGUGCACGACUGCGGAUUGUAUCGAUGGUUGAGACCUUAGCAUGGAUGUCAAAUUCCAACUCAUGCCUUUUCCAAUGGCUGAAGUAUGGGCCGAGAAAUGCUUAUAUCGAACGCGCCUUGCUCGCAACGUGUAACAAUGCACGGAGGCUGCUUCUAGCCUGC